AUGGCACCUGCAGCUCGCUCCGCGUCCCGCGCUUUCUUGCGCUCCUCCUUCAGACCAGCUGUCCGCAGCUCCCGCUUCGCCCUUCCCACUCAAGGCUUCCGCGCGGCUUCUCGCCGCGGCUAUGCCACGGAGGCUAGCUCCGGCAAGUCCUCCAACACCCUCCUGUGGGCUGGUGUUGCUCUCGCAGGUGGCGCCGGUGCAUACUUCUACUUCCAGGGCGGCGAUGCCUCCGUCAGCACCAAGGUCUUCACCCCUACACAGGCCGACUUCCAGAAGGUCUACGACGCCAUUGCCGAUAAGCUCGCCAACGAGACCGACUACGAUGAUGGCAGCUACGGACCCGUCCUCGUCCGUCUAGCCUGGCACGCAAGCGGCACCUAUGACGCAGCGACCGGCACGGGCGGUAGCAAUGGCGCCACGAUGCGCUUCGCCCCCGAAUCCGACCACGGCGCCAACGCCGGCCUCAAGUACGCCCGCGACUUCCUCGAGCCCAUCAAGGCCAAGUUCCCCUGGAUCACCUACUCCGACCUCUGGACACUCGCCGGUGCCUGCGCGAUCCAAGAGCUCGGCGGCCCUGCCAUCCCCUGGCGCCCUGGCCGCCAGGACAAGGACGUCUCUGGCUGCACACCUGACGGCCGUCUCCCCGACGCCUCCAAGGCGCAGGACCACAUCCGCGCGAUCUUCGGACGCAUGGGCUUCGACGACCGCGAGAUGGUUGCUUUGAUUGGCGCGCACGCACUGGGCCGCGCACACACCGACCGCUCUGGUUUCGACGGGCCCUGGAACUUCAGCCCUACUGUCUUCACCAACGAGUUCUUCCGCCUACUUGUUGAGGAGAAGUGGCAGCAGCGCAAGUGGAACGGACCCAAGCAGUUCACGGACAACACCACCAAGACGCUGAUGAUGUUCCCGUCUGACCUUGCGCUCGUCAAGGACAAGGAGUUCAAGAAGCACGUUGAGCGGUACGCUAAGGACAGCGAUGUCUUCUUCAAGGAGUUCUCCGAGGUCUUUGUCAAGCUGCUUGAGCUUGGCGUGCCUUUUGCCAGCAAGGCUGAAGACCGAUACGUCUUCAAGACCUCUGAGUAA